UUGGGCAUUUUAUGGUCGCAUCUCUUUAAUGGAAAGCACCAAAAAAGCCUUGCAGCAUUCCAGUGAACUAAAGAGGAACUGACCAUUUGGGAGAAUCUGAUGCAAACAUAGAGACUGUUGGGACUCUGUGACAUAGAUCACCAAGCUGAAAAGCCAAAGAAGGUUUUCGAAGGAAUGCAAAAGGAAAAGGGGUUUUAAAAGCAGAAAGCUGAAAAGCAUCUCCAUAAGAUGAAUUUCACCCAGCAUCGUGGGACACUCCAGCCUCUCCAUUUCUGGAACCACAGCAACAGACUGCACGGAGGAGCCAGCGAGAGCGCUGUGAAGGGCCACUCCUCAGGAGGCUGCUAUGAGCAACUCUUUGUAUCCCCUGAAGUGUUUGUGACUCUGGGCAUCAUCAGCUUGCUGGAAAACGUCUUGGUCAUUGUGGCGAUAGCCAAGAACAAGAACCUCCAUUCACCCAUGUACUUCUUCAUCUGUAGCUUGGCAGUGGCUGACAUGCUAGUGAGUGUAUCUAAUGGAUCAGAAACCAUUGUCAUCACGCUGCUAAACAAUACAGACACAGAUGCACAGAGCUUUACCAUAAACAUUGAUAAUGUCAUCGACUCAGUCAUUUGCAGUUCCUUGCUUGCAUCAAUUUGCAGUCUUCUCUCAAUAGCAGUGGACAGGUACUUUACUAUCUUUUACGCCCUCCAGUACCAUAAUAUCAUGACAGUGAAGCGUGUAGGGGUUAUCAUCACAUGCAUCUGGGCUGCUUGCACAGUCUCAGGCAUUUUGUUCAUCAUUUACUCUGACAGCAGUGUUGUCAUCAUCUGCCUAAUCAGCAUGUUCUUCACUAUGCUCAUUCUCAUGGCAUCCCUCUAUGUCCAUAUGUUUAUGAUGGCUCGUAUGCACAUAAAAAAGAUUGCUGUUCUUCCAGGGACUGGCCCUGUUCGCCAAGGGGCCAACAUGAAAGGGGCCAUCACUCUCACCAUCCUGAUUGGAGUUUUUGUUGUAUGCUGGGCUCCAUUUUUCCUACACCUGAUUUUCUACAUCUCCUGCCCCUACAACCCUUACUGUGUGUGUUUCAUGUCCCACUUUAAUUUCUACCUCAUCCUCAUCAUGUGCAAUUCCAUCAUUGAUCCACUUAUCUAUGCAUUCCGGAGUCAGGAGCUCAGGAAAACAUUCAAGGAGAUCAUAUGCUGCUGUAGCCUGAGAGGGCUUUGUGAUUUCCCUGGCAAAUAUUAAACAGAAUGGAUGGAUAUGUUACUGUGUACACAACCAGCAGCAUAGAUUUCCAAGCCUUUGAAUCCUCUUUCUCAGCAGAAUUUGGUUUAAAUCUUUAAGAGUGACCACCUCUUUCUGUCUCCCCCCACUCCCAUUCUUGUGUUCCAUUCUUGUGGAAUUCAUAUUUCUGUAUAAUGUUCAUGAUGUCUAUAGUUUAUAAGUUAUUUGGCUGGAAAGAGCAAUAGCACUUCAUACCAGUUUGUAAGUAAGCAAAUAAAUGUAAUGAUGAAUGUGAAAUAGUAACAAA